AUGCCGGCCCCGUUCGCCGAAGACCAGAAUGGCUCCUGCGGCAUGAAUAUACACGCUAAUAUUGAGCGUCUGGACCUUAAGCCGACAAUCCAGCCUUUCGCUGGCCGUAUUGGUGGCCACCAGGGCCUAGUGCUAGACCCUAACGAUGCAAGCAACGCCGAGCUGCUGAAGCGCAUGCCAGAUGCGGCGCCUUUGAUAAGCUUGCGGCAGGUGUUUGAUCUGAAAGCAUUUCUUGAUAUCGACCUCUGGAAAUUUAGUGCUACUGAGUGUGUAGGCACAAUGAUGCUAGACUUUAUGACUUCGUGGAUCGCAGCGCACCCGCGACCAUCACCCACAAUGACCUCAUCUACAACGACUACCGCAGCCGGCGUUUACGCAACGGCUGCCUUCUUGGGGCCUUUAGUAGGUGGCAUUAGCAACUUCCUUUUCCUCACCCUCUUUAUCUUCACGUUCGCCUCCGUCAGUGGGGCUCAUCUCAACCCUACUAUUACCCUGGCCACCUUCACCGCACAACUAAUCUCGUUCCCACGCAUGGUCCUAUAUAUUGCUGGCCAGAUUCUCGGCGGCACCCUAGCUGGCCUUAUGCUCCACACAGCGUACGGGUCGCGAAACUUCGUUGUAGGCGGUUGCGCUGUGGAUACUGCGCUCGUGUCGGCGCAGCAGGCCCUCGUCCUAGAGUUUAUUUGCUGCCUGACGCUCAUAUUUCUGGCUUUUGGGAUUGGUCUAGAUCCUAGACAGCUCCAGGUCUAUGGAGCUUCGCUAUCUCCUUGGUUGGUUGGGCUUGCUUUAGGCGUUGUAAGUUGGGCUUCGGCAUUUACGAGACCAGGGUAUGGCGGUGCCUGUAAGUUUACUCUUCUCAUUUCUUUUCUUUUUAAUCAGGAGGAGCGCCUGUAG